AUGGAUUCAUGGUUGAAAGAGGAUCCGGUUCCAUCGUCAUUCAUCACGUUAAUGGAUACAGUAACUAUUCAAAAACAGCCAUACGGUGUGGUUUUAAUAAUAAGCCCUUGGAACUUUCCCUUCAUUUUAUCAUUUCAGCCUCUAGUUGGUGCAAUCGCUGAGCUUAUCCCUAAGUAUUUAGAUAAAGUAAGUUGUUGGUAA